AUGGAUCUCACUGUGUCUGAGUGUAAGAAAAGGGGAGAGAUGGAACUUCAACAUUUCAGCCAUCACCAUCCUUUGUUCUUCAUUCAACAUCACAGUGUUUCAUGUGAAGAAGAAAACAAUUGCUUUGUGUGUGGGAAACUUAUAGGCGGUCCAACCUAUGUCUGCAACGAAUGUAAGUAUUAUCUUCAUAAAAGAUGUGCGGAGUUAGAGUUAACCCCCCACCUUAAUCAUCCUUUCCACCCUCAACACCUUCUCACUCUUUUCCCUAAAUCUCCUUACGAGGGUGGUUGGGGGUGUGAUUUUUGUCAGAGGCCUUCUUCGGGAUUCGUUUAUCAUUGUGAUCCCUGUAAAUUCGAUCUGCACAUCAACUGUGCUUUGCUUCAAUCAUCCAUUGCUCCAAAUUUUCCUACUCCUUUGCAUCAACAUCCAUUGCUCUUCAUUCAAGACCAUAACGAAGAAGUCAAUCGCGAUUGCUCCGGAUGUAUGAAACCAUUAUCUGGUCCAAUUUACCAUUGUUCAGAUUGUUCUCUUUCUGAUGAAUUCUUUAACCUUCAUAAACAAUGUGCAGAGCUACCCCUUGAGAUUAAUCACACCUACGACCACCGUAAGCAUCCCCUUACUUUCUUGCCGAAACGACCUACUCAUCUUCACAACUGUAGUUGUUAUUUGUGCAAAAUUCAGUGGGAAGGGUUUGUUUAUUCUUGCUCUUUUUGCAAGAUUGAGCUUACUCUUGAUGAUUUUUUCUCACCACAAACAAUCACAAAUGAAAAUCAUGAACACCCAUGGACGCUUUUGUCAAGACAAAGGUCAUUUGUUUGUGAUUUUUGCGGUACCACCGGAGAUCGCACCCCAUACAUUUGUGCUAUAUGCGACCUUCUUGUCAAUAAAAAUUGCAUUUCAUUGCCACGGAAUAUCUUGAUAACACGACAUCAUCAUGUUAUUUCCCACUCAUAUUCUCUUCCGCAACAAGAUGAGUUGUGCAGAAUUUGUUACAAGGAAGUCGAUACGAGGUAUGGCAGUUACCAUUGCAAUGCUUCUGAUUGCGACUAUAUCGUUCAUGUGCAUUGUGCUACAGAUAAAGCAGUUUGGGAUGGAAAAAGUAUCCCGGAAGGCUAUGAUGAGAGGUCCAUGGAAGCUCUUGAUGAAUCUAUAAAUUGGAUUACCGAUGUUAUUGAGGAAAUGAGUUUUGGAGAGAUUACGGUAGCAGUUGAGAUCAAACAUGCCUAUCAUGAUCACAAUUUAAGACUCACUUUUAGUGGGGAGAUGAAUAAUGAUGGCCAAUGUGAUGGGUGUACGAGGACUAUCUCAACUCCUUUUUAUAGUUGUGAGCAAUGCAAGUUUUUUCUCCAUAAAGAAUGCGCUGAAUUGCCGAGAAACAAACGACACCCAUUUCACAAGCACUUGCUUACGCUCACAAAUUCAAAUACAGUAAUUUUUGUAUGUAAUGCUUGCCAAAGUCUUCACCAUGGAUUUAACUACAAAUGCGAUGAUGGAAAUUGCAUGUCAUUCUUUGAAUCGAAUUGCAAUGCCUGUCGUAGAAAAAGUGACCCAUGGAACAUGGCAUAUAGAUGCACGAAGCAUUGUGAGUUCACUUUAGAUCUAGAAUGUGCCACACUAUCACUCACGGCUUGGUACAAGUAUGAUAGACAUCCUCUUACUUUGACUUGUUUUGAUGAUUCUGAUCUUUCUCAACAUUAUUGUGAUCUGUGUGAGUAUGAAAGGGACCCAAAUGAUUGGUUUUACUACUGUACUGAAUGUGAUAACUCUCUCCAUUCCAAAUGUGCUCUUGGGGAUCUCCCAUUUCUAAAGAUUGGAAGCAACAUUGACAAGCGUCUUUUUCAUAAACACCCACAUCCAUUCACUAUUGUGAAAAACAUAUGGGAUUGCCCUCCAUGUAAAUUUUGUGGUGAAGGUUCUCAAGGCCAUAAUACUAUGAAAGUAGCAGCCAAAAUGGGGCAUACAGAGGAAGUGGACCCUUGUGAAAAGUUGACUGACGAGGAUAUUGUGUAUGUCCUUAGAAAUUCCUCUGGUCUAAGAAAUGUUCCAUUUGUCCCAGAGGUUCCAUUUGAAGUUUUGGUUAGAAGACUAUUUGCUCAGUUGUCAGACCCAUGUCAUCAGUGUCUAUGGAUUGUCUAUGAUGAACAGAUAAAGGCUUGUGAAUCAACUGGAUUAAAGAGGUUCCCAUCGUUAAGAAGACACAUGAAUGACGUUGUAAGAAAGUUUUUAGAUGCUGCUGCUAAGCCUGCUGAGACAAUGAGAGGAAAUCUCAUUGAGAUGAAGAUGGAUUAUAUAAAUUCUUCGCAUCCAAGUUUUAUUGGUGGGAACAAAGCUGUUGAGCUUGCUGUGAAGCAGAUGAGAUCAUCAAAGCAUUCAUCUUCCUUUGUGAGACUGACUGACAGUUGA